AUGACAAGAUGGCCUAAAGCCCAAAAUAGUUCAAACAAAAAAACACUCGUCGCACACAGGUCAGCUUCUCCGGCAGUGGCUUAUAGGGUUUACCUUACCCCCGUCGUGAAGAACCUCACUCUCUCUUUCAUUUUCGAAAUCUCAACUAAAACAUGGCUGAAGUUAACGCUAACCCCGAACCCCCUCAAAACAUGACCAUCUACAUCAACAACCUCAACGAAAAAAUCAAAAUCGACGAGUUGAAGAAAUCUUUGCACGCUGUUUUCAGCCAAUUUGGGAAGAUACUUGAGGUUUUGGCUUUCAAGACUCUGAAACAUAAGGGUCAAGCUUGGGUGAUUUUUGAGGAUGUUACUUCUGCUUCUAAUGCUCUUAGGAAAAUGCAAGGUUUCCCCUUCUAUGAUAAGCCCAUGAGAAUACAGUAUGCCAGGACUAAAUCUGAUGUCAUAGCAAAAGCAGACGGUACUUUUGUUCCUCGGGAAAAACGAAAGAGGCACGAUGACAAAGCGGGCAAAAAAAGGAAGGACCAAAACGAUGCUAAUUUAGCUGGAACUGGCCUAAAUCCUGCUUAUGCUGGUGCUUACGGUGCAACUCCUGCUUUAUCCCAGAUACCUUAUCCAGGCGGUGCGAAGUCCUUGCUACCUGAGGCUCCUGCACCACCAAAUAAUAUUCUCUUUAUUCAGAAUCUUCCUAACGAGACCACUCCCAUGAUGCUUCAAAUGUUGUUUCUUCAAUAUCCUGGAUUCAAGGAAGUUAGAAUGGUUGAAGCAAAGCCAGGAAUUGCCUUUGUGGAAUAUGGAGAUGAGAUGCAAUCCACGGUGGCUAUGCAGGCGCUGCAAGGUUUCAAGAUAGCCCCACAAAACCCUAUGUUGAUAACUUAUGCAAAGAAAUAGACAAUGAUUUCUUCAACUUAUGGUGCAAGAAAGGCAGGAAUCAUAUAUCUUCGCAUAGAGUUGUUAAUCCAUAGUUUAUUUUCUUAAUUGCUGUUUACCCGUAGCAGCCUUGGUUCUUGUAUGAUUGUAGUUAGUGCACUAACUUUAACAUUCUUAUAAAAAUCUGUAUUUGGAAAAUUGCUUUCUUUUUUUAUUAUGGUAAAUUACUAUUUGGUUUGAGUUUAUCUAUGACAAAUUUAUUUUACA